AUGUCGUUCCCAUCCUCGACGCGUAUCGGCGGCAGCGCCUUCAACCACCAGCAGUCUGGCGAUUCCGAAGCCGAGUACGACAGAUUGAGAGAUCUUGCGCGCAAGGAACACGGUCAACGCCAACACUAUUCCGCCGAGUCGCAGAAAGCAUACGCGCGUGGAGAUGGAGGUGCUGCUCACGACCUGUCGCAACAAGCAAAGAACCAUGGACAAAAGGCAGACGACUACAACAGACAGGCAUCUGAGUACAUCUUUCGUGAGAACAAUGCUGUAGGAAGAGUCGAUGGGGAUACCAUUGACCUUCACGGUCAGUUCGUGGAAGAGGCCGAAGAGAUCCUCGAACAAAGAAUCAAGUACGCAAAGAGUACCGGCCAGAACCAUCUGCAUGUCAUUGUCGGCAAGGGCAAUCACUCUGUCAACCAUGUCCAAAAGAUCAAGCCUCGUGUCGAGCAGAUCUGCCAGGAGCAAGGCCUCCAAUACCAUACCGAGCACAACGAAGGUAGAAUCUACAUCAACCUCACUGGUGGAGCUGCUGUUCCUCCUUCGAACUAUGGUCAGCCUCAGCAGUACGAUCAAUCACACCAUGGACAGCCCCAGUACCAGACUGCCUAUCCUCUUGGAAACCAGCAAGGCCACCAGCAGCAAGGAUACCCUUCCCAGCAGCAAGGCUACCAGCAGAAUCACCAACAACAACAACAGGGAACACAGCAGAUGGACUACGAGGAGGAGAUCAAGAAGAACCUGCCCAAGGUUAUUCGCUUCCUCAAGAAGAACUGCUGUACUGUCAUGUAG